GUUUAGAAGAAAAACCAAUUCUUUCAAAAAAAGAAAAAAUGAAGCUGAGGAAAGAAAGAUGGCUACAGAAAAUAGAAAGUGUGAAGCUAGCCAAGCAGAAGCAAAAAGCUGAAGCAAAACGGAAGGCAACACCUGUUGUGGGAGACAUGCAGCCAUUGAUGGAAGCCCUACCUGAGCUCUCUGACCUGACCGCAGGUGUCAGGGACAGGAAGGCACCCAAGAGGCACGUAAAAGCAAAGUCAGAACCAGUGGACUUCUGUCUGAUGAAACAAGCUCAGAAACGCAGGCUUUUAGAGGAGGAAGUGGCGUGGUUUCAUAAGGUCAUUGCAAAUCCCACGUACAAAGCCAACCCCCUCAUGGCCAUCAGUGAGCAUCUCUCCAAGAGGCUGAGGCAGGAAGAGGAAGGUAAACCUCUCUAGGGUAUCAGCUGGGACCAAAUAUGCAGCUGGAGCUGGUGCAAGGGUUCCAGGCCACAAACGAGCACGCAUCACUAACAUGACCUCUCAGCCACGUCAGUCCUCAGAAAGAGUCCAGCAUAUUCUUAAACCCAACAGUCCUGUUUUCUGUCUGCAGGAAUAAUACAGUUCUCUCCUGACAGUGGCUGCUGCUCCUUGGCAAGCAGCCUGCAGAGAGCGGGGUGUUCUGCGAGAUCUUUGUGCAGACAUUAAGCUCCCUGUGAAGUGUCUUGACACCUCUUCUCUUCUUGUGAGCAGGCACAAUUUCUUAACUUGUGCCACUGGCAAUGUAUCUGCAUUUUCUUCCCUCCCCUCCCAAUCCUUGCUGACAACUAUGAAAAGAGGUUCAGUGCCGUUCUUUUGUGAUUGUUUAAGACCCCAAGCCGUGGGACCCAGAAGGUUGUUGCAAAUCUCUGUAAGGAUUGAUGCUGCUGUUCAGAGACAUUGUUUUAUGUGAAGAAUUUAGCUUUGGAAUAAAUGCAUUCACACAGUA